AUGGAACACAUAAGUUGGCCUUCCGAAAUUUCUAAUGAGUUUCUACGAGAGCCAGAAUCUGUGACCGUGAAGCCAGACACGUCGUCGUCGGUGCUGGUUGUUAUUCAGCCACCAACCGAAGCCCAGGGCAUUGUCAGUUACAAGGCUUCCAUUGAAGGAGGAGACGGUGCAGGUAAAGCCUGCGAAGUGACAGAUGUGAACAAGCCGAGUUGCGUUAUAAGUGGAUUGGAACUGGCUACCCAGUACACGGUCAAAGUCGUAUCCUGUGUAGACUCUACGAAUCCUGUAGUGUGUGGUGAGGGUACAACUGGUUCUGGAUGGACGAGACCUAACACACCAAAAUCUGUGAAUGUGAAUCCAAUUUCUACGUCAUCGGUAACUGUUACAUUUGAGGCACCCUCAGACGCGAAGGGAAUUGGCCACUACGAAGCAUUCGUUACUGAAGAUCCAAAUAAAUCGUGCAAAACAACAUCCUUGGAUAUUCUCAGCUGUGAGAUAGGAGGCCUGGAAGCAGGCACACAAUAUGAGAUCAGUGCCGCAGGAUGCAUUGCCGACACAAACCCUGCAGUGUGCAGUGAAGCGGUGCCUGGGUCAGGAUGGACGAAACCCAACCCUCCAUCGCAAAUGGCAAUCGAAACAAUUUCUUCCACGAGCGUCUAUGUCAGUUUUCCAAGGCCACAAGCUAGUGAUAAAAAGGCAUUGUCCUAUGAAGCAUUGGCAAGGAGAAUGGUGCGAGAAGCUACUCCGACUGGUGAGCCAAAAUGCUCUGUCAAAGCCACAGCCGAAACGUUGGGGUGUUCCAUCGACAACCUCAGUCCUGGUACCAACUACACCAUCCUUACGAGAUCUUGCAUCAAUGCGAAUCUAUGUGGCGAUGAAGUGCUCGUAGCCAACAUAACCACUUGUCCGCCGGUAUCAGUUUCGGUGGAGCCAAUAAACCCCACAACAGUAGCUGUUAAUAUUGUCCCACACACCGAUGCUAACGGAGUCGACAGCUACAAGAUUUCCUUGAAGGGAGGCGAAACUAAAAAAUGCAUCCCCGAAUCUCUGGAUAAGCCUAUUUGUGAAAUAACCGGCUUGGAAGUAGGUACAGAGUACAGCGUUGUUAUCAGAGCCUGCAACACUGAAGCACCAGACGAUUUUUGCAGUACAGAAAUGUCGGGAUCUGGAUGGACAAGGCCGAACAAACCAGAAUCCUUGAAAGUGGAGGGACAAACGAAGACAUCUUUGACAGUUACUUUCGAAGCACCAGCGGUAAACACAGGGAUAGGCCUGUACAAGGUGUAUCAAGAUGGGUAUAACUCAAAUUCUAAAUGUUCAAUUCAACCCGAGGAGCAGCUAAAGUGUCAAUUGACAGACUUGAAAGCGGGCACGAAGUAUGGAGUCAAAGUGAGAGCCUGCAUUGACAAGACGGAUCCUGUGGUCUGCAGUGAGGACGAGAACGCGUCUGGAUGGACACAACCUAAUGGUCAGUUGAUAUUCGGACUGCAAUGCAGUCUUCUUGCUGACUAUCCAGCAUCUGUGACCGUGGAGCCAGACACGUCGUCGUCGGUGCUUGUUGCUGUUCAGCCACCAACCGAAGCCCAGGGCAUUGUCAGUUACAAGGCUUCCAUUGAAGGAGGAGACGGUGCAGGUAAAGCCUGCGAAGUGACAGAUGUGAACAAGCCGAGUUGCGUUAUAAGUGGAUUGGAACCGGCUACCAAGUACACGGUCAGAGUCGUAUCCUGUGUAGACUCUACGAAUCCUGUAGUGUGUGGUGAGGAUACAACUGGAUCUGGAUGGACGAGACCUAACAGUAAGUGA